UACCUCCGGGUGUGCCAGUGAGGGGAGACGUGGAGGGUCCCGCGCCCCUUCAGGUGCUGUCGUGUCCCCUGAGUGUCCCGUGGGGACAGAGUCUGUGGUCCGGGAGAAGCAGGCGGUGGUGGUGGCUGCGGCGGCGACCGGUUCUCUCUAGCUGGGCUCUUCCUGAGGUGACGCUGCCCAGGAUUCCUGGACCCAUCUCAGCGGCUCGUGGAGCCCCGGGGAGAGUCUAGCUUCCCACGGGAGCCUGGCAGAGGAGCUGUGAUGAAAGAUGGCCAGUGUCCUAAAGCCUUAAGUGCUUGCUUCCCAGAGCCCUGCCUUGUCUCAAAGAGAAGAGAACAAUGACCAAGUUACAGGAGGCAGUGACAUUCAGGGAUGUGGCUGUGGUCUUCAGUGAGGAGGAGCUGGGGCUGCUGGACGCUGCUCAGAGGAAGCUGUACCACGAUGUGAUGCUGGAGAACUUCAGGAACCUCCUGGCAGUGGGAGGCCAAGUUCCAAACAAGAUGGAGAACCUUCAUACAACAGGAGUAAGAUGCCUUUCACUGGGGAAGCUUCCAUGUUGGCACAUGGCAAGCCAUGAUGCCAAUAAGCUGGCCAGAGCUCCAGAAGGUAUAAUCAACACUCAAGGAACAGUAUCCUACUUCCCAGAGCAAUGCCAUUUCUCCUGCCACAGGGGAACAGAGGAGCCUCCCUGGGCCUUCAAGGACAAUGGCUGUCUUGAGAGUCUCACAAAUGAUCAUUCUAGCAUUACUGAAAGUCAGAAAUUUCUGUCUGGGAUUGCUCAGCGUUCUUGGAGUAAAAAACAUCUUAGCAAGAGACAGAACUAUCAGAAACACUGUGUGCAGACUCCAGUGAAAACCAAGCCAUGGCUCUUGGUUCCAGGUAUUGACAGAAUGAGUUGUGUUUCCCAUCAAGAUAACAAUACCCUGCAUAAAGGAGACAAAGGCCAGAGCAACAGUGACUUUGAUAAACUUACCUUUCCUGUGUCACCUGUCACCCCGCAUCCUGUUUACACAGAAAGAAAGUCCUACAAAUGCAGCAAGGCCCAAGAAGCCUUCAUUGACAGACCUAUUCUAGAACUCCAUCAGCAGGUCCUUGUAGGAAAAAAGUCCCCUGUACGUAGUACACACGAAGUCUCCAGACAUAGCUCCAUUCAAAAGAGUGUUCAUGCAGGAAGAAAGCGCUACUGGUGUCACGAGUGUGGCAAGGCUUUCAGUCAGAGCUCAGCACUUCAGACUCACCAGAGAGUGCACACAGGGGAGAAGCCCUACAGUUGUGACAGCUGUGGGAAGGCCUUCACACAGUGGUCAGUCCUCCAUGCCCACCAGAGAAUUCACACAGGAGAGAAGCCAUAUAAGUGUGGAGACUGUGGCAGACGCUUCAGGUUUAGCUCAAACCUGCACAUCCACCAGCGAGUCCACACUGGGGAGAAACCGUACAAAUGCCACGUGUGUGGGAAGUGUUUCAGAUUCAGAUUUUACAGCCAUCAGCGGGUCCACACAGGAGAGAAGCCAUAUAAAUGUGACGAGUGCGGGAAGGGUUUCAGUUCAGCCUCAAACGUCAAAGUCCACCAGCGGGUCCAUACGGGAGUGAAGCCAUUUUGCUGCAAUGUCUGUGGGAAACGCUUCAGUCGGAGCUUUCAUCUUCACACUCACCAGAGAGUGCACACGGGGGAGAAGCUCUACAAAUGUGACGCGUGUGGGAAAGCCUUCAGCCAGAGGUCCAGUCUCCAAGUCCAUCGGCUAAUUCACACGGGAGAGAAGCCGUUCAAGUGUGAGGAGUGUGGAAAGGGUUUCACUUCAGCCUCAAGCUUCCAAGGACACCAGCGGGUCCAUACAGGAGAGAAACCAUUUCAUUGCGAUGUGUGUGGGAAAGACUUUAGCCGGAGCUCCUAUCUUCAGAUUCACCAGAGAAUGCACACGGGAGAGAAGCCCUACAAAUGCGACAGCUGUGGGAAAGCCUUCAGCCAGAGGGCCCAUCUCCAAGUCCACCAGAGAACUCACACCGGGGAGAAGCCGUUCAAGUGUGAGGAGUGUGGGAAGGAGUUCAGGCAGCGUUCGGGGCUGAGUUCUCACCAGAUAGUCCACAAGGAAGAGAAACCCUACACGUGUUGGGAGUGUGGGAAGGGUUUCAGUCAGCCCUCACUCUUCGAAAGACACCGGAGGGUCCACACUGGGGAAAGGCCCUACAUCUGCGGCACCUGCUGCAAAGGCUUCAGCCAGAGAUCGCAUCUCGUCAAACACCAGAGGGUCCACAGUGCAGCGAAUCUCUAGGUAAUCAAGAAUUGGUAAAGCGGUUGCAGCAUCUAUUUUGGAGAAAUUAACAGCAAAUAUCCUAAAAGCAAGGGACUUUAGUUCUCUCCCCCCAUCCAUAUAGUAAAAAGAACACCAAUUCCUGAAGCGCUUACAUCAAAUGCAAACCAUUUGGAAUUUUUCUGACAUGUGAGAAAAAAAUUAAGCUGAAGUCAUUCAAAGCACAAAUAUGAUUCAGUUAAAAAAAUCAGAGUUGUAUACCAUCCUCAGGGUAUUGUUACAUUUUCCUGAAUUUCUUAAUAAGAAUUGUUUUGCCUAUAGAAACUGCUGAAGUUAUUCAGGAUGAUUCAAAAUUGACCUCACUGUUUACUCAACUACAAUAAUUGAUCAGAAGAGGAAACCAUCCAUUGUAUAUAACACAUCAGAUCCCAUAGAGGCCCAUCAGGCCCUCUAGUACAAGGCAAUAAUGAAAUUGAUUAGCUAUUGAUAGGAAAUGUGCUAGAAGCUUCAGAAUUCCAUAAAAAAUUCCAUGUUCACAACAAAGGUUUAAAAAGAGAUUUUUCUAUCACUUGGCAACAAGUUAAGGAAAUUAUGAUAAAAUGUCCUUCUUUUUCUUUAUAUAGCCAAACUCCAUUACCUGCAGUGACUAACCCAAAGGUUACCCAAAGAAAUUAAAUUUGGCAAAUGGAUGUGGUUCAUUUCACAAAGGUUGGAAAAUUAAAAUAUGUGUGACAUUCCAUAUACACAUUGGAGAUUUCAGUGGGCAAGUGCUUUAAGUUCUGAAGAGCUGAUUCAGUGGGCAGGCAAGUUCUGAAUCACAUAUUUAUUGGAAGUUAUGAUAAAACUUAUGGCAACCAUGGGAAUACCUGUUUAGAUUAAAACUGACAAUGUAGCCGGGCGUGGUGGCACAUGCCUUUAAUCCCAGCACUCGGGAGGCAGAGGCAGGCGGAUUUCUGAGUUCAAGGCCAGCCUGGUCUACAAAGUGAGUUCCAGGACAGCCAGGGCUACACAGAGAAACCCUGUCUCGAAACCCCCCUCCCCCCCAAAAAUUGACAAUGUUUCCCCAUGUUUCUAGUAAAAUGAACCUUUUUUUGCAUUUCAUAAUAAAAAACAUAUUACAGGUACUACACAAUCCUGUAGGACAAGCCGUUGUAGAGAGAUCUAAUUGUACCUUCAAAGAGAUGCUUAAUAAACAGGGGUAACAAAGACUCCCAGAGGUAGAUUACUUUGGCAGUUUGAAUAUGCUUGGCCCAGGGAGUAGCACUAUUUGAAGAUGUGGCCCUGUUGGAGUGGGUGUGGUCUUGUUGGAGGAAGUGUAUCAUUGUUGGAGUGGGCCUUAGGACUCUCAUCUUAGCUGCCUGGAAGCCAGUAUUCUCCUGUCUGCCUUUGGAUGAAGAUGUAGAACUCUCAGCUCCUCCAACCCCACUUCUGCCUGGAUGCUGCUAUGUUCCCACCUUGAUAAUUGACUGAACCUCUGAACCUGUAAGCCAACCUCAGUUAAAUGCUGUUCUUGACAAGUAUAGGUCAUAGUAUCUAUUCACAGCAGUAAAACCCUAACCAAGACAAUUACAUAAUGCUUUAUUAACUUUAAAAAUUUUAAAUCCUAAUUAGGAAAAAAAAUAGCUGCUGAGAGAAAUUAGAUGAUAGAAAAAACUGCUGAACUAAAUCACCAUAUUUAUGUUAAUGAUGCCCUAACUUCAGAAUAGAAGACAAAAAAUGUGUUAGAGAGGAUGUUUUUUUAUUUGUUUCAAUAGGAGAAAACAAACAAGAUUUCACCCAAACUUAUAAAAAUCAGAUUUGAUUAGGGGAGACUCCCUGAUGAUCUUGGCUGCAGAGAGGAACAAAGAAAUUUAGAGGACAAGCAAUAGAUAACACAUUGCUGAUCCCUCUACAAGGGAACAGCUCUGAAACAGGCUGAGAAAUGACAGUGUCUCCAGCCAGAACAUGAGCUCUCCAUUUCUAGUAAAUCUUGUUGUCUAUUAAAUUCUCAGGACUCACCAUACCAUCAUUUCUUAUGGCAUGAAUGAAAAUUUAUUACAGUUCGGUUAUUGUGAUUUGAAUAGGUUUGCAACCCCAUAGACUCAUGUGUUUGAAUUCUUGGUCCAUGGGGAGUUUCAUUAUUAGGAGGACUGGCCUUGUUGGAGUAGGUGUGGCUUUGUUGGAAGAAGUGAAUGGUGGGCUUAGAAUUCCCCUCCUAUGCUUAGGCUCUGCCCAGUGCAAUGCAGAUGACAGUGGCCUCCUGUUGCCUGAAGACCAAGAUGUAGAACUCUUAGCUUCUUCUCCAAUAGCAUGUCUUCCCACAGGCUGCCACGCUUCUUGCUAUGAUAAUAAUGCACUGAACCUCUGAAAUUGUAAGCCAGCCCCAAAUAAAUAUUUUUUA